ACGGAGCUCGCGAACGCGAUCACAUCCGGGGCACGGCACUGCACGGAAGCGGCGCGUCCCCGGCGCGUCGCCGUGACACUGCGGAGUCGGCGCGUGCUCAGGUAUAGCCCAGUGACUCCGUGUGAAAGUGAGAAUAAUGCAGGAGGAGAGAUUUGUAUGAUGGUGCAUUUGACCUUAAACCAGCAGAAGAGGCGGACACACACCUUUUCACUGUUAUUACAUUUCCCAGUUACUAGUAUUUUACUCAAAGUGAUCAAGAUGAAGAGAAAAGCAGACCUUGAUGGAUGUGAACCAAGAAAGCGUGUAUGUAAAGAUGGAGCCAGAACCAAGGCCAAGAUAACACGUGUCUCAGAAGAAAUGUGCGCUCAGAGUCCAUAUGCAGGGCUAGAGCGACACAUGCAUUUAGAAGCAAAACAAGGAACGUUUACAUUUGGAGCUGCAGCUACAGCUAAGAUUAGUGCAGGACGAGUCAGAGCAAAGCGGAGCAUCGUUUCAGCUGAAGCUAACAGUUCAGAUGCUUCUGAGAUAGUUGUGACAGAGAUUGAUGCUGAGGGAAAGUAUGCAGAGGGAGGAGCAUAUGUGCAUUUAGAAACAAAACAAGGAACAUUUAGAUUUGGAGCUGGAGCCACAGCUAAGGUUAGUGCAGGACGAGUCAGAGCAAAGCGGAGCAUCGUUUCAGCUGAAGCUAACAGUUCCUCCAUAGUUGAUAUCGAAGGACCAUAUUCUGAGGCAGAGGCAAACAUGAAUGUUGAAAGAACACAAAGAAAUCUAGAAUUUUUAGCUAAGGCCAGAGCUAAAGUUAGUGCAGGACGGAUAAGAGUAACAGAGGAUGACGUUUCAGCUGAAGCUAGUGGUCCAAAUGCUUCUGCCAUGUUUGUGGCUAAUAAUAAAGAAGCACAGAUCAUGGUCGGAGCUGAGAUUGCAAGUGCCUCAGUUUCUGCAGGUCCAGUUGGAAUGAAGGUUGGUCUUGGGGUUGAAACCGGUGCUCGCGUUGGUGAUGAUGGCGCAGAAGUGAAAGUCCUGGGCUGUGGCAUGUCAAUCGGCAGAACGAUGGGAGCUUCUUUUUUUGGAAAUGAACUGAAAUUUAGGUUAUGGUAAAAGAAUUGUAACAGUAAAAGUAUGUAACUGUUGUUAAUUAAUCUUUUAUGACUUCUUGUAUUUACACAUUGACUAACUUUGAUGAUUUCUGUUUAACUGUGGCUUUGAAGUACUUUUUAAAGCUUUUCUGCAAUUCUAUCUUAUCAAGUACAGAUUUCAGUUACUUUUUACUUCACAGCUCUUUAGCUCUUUUCAAAUAGUAAAGUAUUAUACCAGUUUUGAUAAAAAUCUGAUUAUAAAAAUGUAAUGAUGCAGAUCAUUCAGCCUGGGAAAUUCCUUGCCCUCCCUUGAUUUGUAAACAUCUUAGUUUGUUGUGAUAGUUUCCUGUUUUUAUGUAUGUAUAAUGUGAACUUUGACCUUAACUUCACUAUGAAGCCUUACAGUUUGAUUCCAGAUCAUCUGCA